AUCUGCAGAGCAUACUGAUUUUGAAGACGAGGAAAAUGCAAGCUCCGAUUAUUUGUGAAUUAUAAUCCCCACGCUUUUAUACGAAACACUACAUAGCUCUCGCCUCACUGCAAUAAUACACAUCAGUGCAAAUAAUACAUGAUUACCAAGUUUCCAACCUAUCUUUACUUUUUGAGAGCCGAAUCGCAUUUUGUAUUUGAGCAUUGCAGACGAGUGAUCAAAGUUUGUAAAUAAGCAAGAAAUGUUGUAAUUCUGAUAAUUUGGUACCUACAUUCAUGUACGGUAUUUUAUUUACUUCUGAGUUAUUAUCAGUUGUCUAUAAAGUGAUCCAAUGAGCAUAGUUCGUUGUUGCACCAAGUGUGAAUUCUUAUUUUCAGUUGUAUAUUUUAUUGAAUAGCCUUUGCUGAUUCUGAUGGUUAUUCUCACCCACCGAAUAGAACCAGAGUGCUUUACUUGAAGAAUAUUUGAAUGUUAUCAAGUAAAAAUGAAUUGGAAGCGUGUAAUUAAUUUAGUUUUCAUAGAAUUACUUUCAAGUGUUUUUACCGGCUACGAUAAUGCCAAUGGUGAAAUUUCAAAAGAAUCAGUUCAUUCAGACUUUUUGAACCACCAAUUAGAAGAUGGAACCUCCAAUCUUGUUCAUAAAUUUAAACGUGCUAGUGUUCUUGAAAAGUCGGUUUCCUUACUCAAUGAACCAAAAUGUAUGAAAGAAUUGACAAGAUUGUGCACAAAUUUAAAGCCAGAUGCAGAUGAUUUGUCAGUUUUGAUUUGUAUACAGUCCAAUAAGGCUGACGAAUUAUCGACGGACUGUCAACAUGUUGUGUGGAAACAUACAACUGACUUGAGAGAUUCUGAUCAUCUGGACAACUUGAGAAAUUCUAAAUGCGGCGACGAUGACUGGAAUCAGUUGACAAAGAACUGUAAAGAUGUUAUUGAAAAGAAAGCCAGUUUUUUCGCCUGUCUAGUUGAAAAUCUAGAUAUUGUAAAGGAUGCUGUGUGCCAAAACUUUAUACAUCAGAUCCAGUUAGUAGCAUUCAUCGAUUUCAGACUUCUAUCUGAUUUCACAGAAAUCUGUACAAACGAUAUUGAAAGGCUCUCAUGUGGAAGAGUCCAUCAAAAUAAUGAAGGAUUUUCUCAAGGCAGAACAUUGAAUUGCUUACAACAACAAAUAGACGUAAUCAAGAGUAGUGAUUGCAAGAAGCAGGUUCUUCACUUGUCCAGUGUGCAGGAGAGUGACGUGCGAUUCGAUCGACUGUUAUAUGCGGCAUGCAGUGAAGAGAUACAACGGUUCUGUCAGGACAUAAAACCAGGCAAUGGCCAGAUCUACAGGUGUCUCAUGCAGCAUAAGAUGGAUAAGGCUAUGUCUGAGAAGUGUGAAAUGCAGCUUUUCAAACACGAGAAAAUGAUCUCACAAGACUAUCGGGUCAGUAAAGGCUUGGCUAGAUCAUGCAGAGACUACAUAAAGCAGUUUCGUUGUAGGCGAUCAGUCUCUGACGAUAGAGACAUUCGACUUGCUCAAAUACUGCUUUGCCUCGAGAACAAUAUGAAGAAUGGGAGCAAAGUGAGUCAUGAGUGUCAAGGCGAGAUGAUGGAGCACAGGAAAAUGCUGUUGGAAGAUUACCGUCUCUCGCCAGAGAUCGUCUCCAGCUGUUCAAAAGAUAUUCCACAACUUUGCGGAGGAGACCUUGAGCUGGGCAAGACCAUACAUUGUCUUCUAGAGCAUUCCCGCUAUAAACGAAAGAAAGGAAGGGUUUCCGACUCAUGCCAAGUGGCUUUGCAGUCAUUAAUCAAAGAAACCGAUGCUGGUGAGAAUUGGAACGUGGACCCUGUGUUGAAGGAGGCCUGCAAACAUGUUGUUAGUAUUGCCUGCAGAGACAUUCGAGAAGGAGAAGCAAGAGUGAUGUCAUGCCUACUUGACCAGCUGGGCACAGAGCUGAUGAGUGACGAAUGCGAGCAGGCGGUGAUGCAGAUCCAGUACUUUGUAGCGCGCGACUACCGCCUGGACCCGCACCUGUUCCGCGAAUGUCGCGACGACGCGGCCGCCUACUGUCACGGCAGUCGCGCCUGGCACGACGUCGGCGUCAUGCACCCCAGUCUCGGCCCCCUCGUCUUGCCUUGUCUCUACCGCUAUGUCUACUUCAACCCCGAACAAAAUCGCCACAAUAUCAAGUUGAAAGCGGGCUGUGUGGAUGAAAUCAAGAGGAUAAUGAGAGUAAGAGCUAUAAGUGUAGACCUCCAGCCAGAGAUAGAAAUGUAUUGCAUCAAAGAGCUGGCUGAUUUCUGCUAUGACAAAACAGGGGUUGGAGAGGAAAUGGUUUGCUUACAGGAUAAUCUUGACAGUCUACAAGAAAACUGCAAGAGACAGGUGUUCAAUUUCACACAGGUCGAAUCAGAUAACAUAGAACUGAAUCCGAUUGUUCUGCAAACCUGUAAAGUCGUUAUCAAUAGUCAUUGCGAGGCCGAAUAUCGUUCGAAAGAUGCUGGAAGUGUUAUGGAGUGUCUCAUUCAAAACAAGAAUGAAAGAGACGUCACUAAUUACAAAUGCAAAGCUGCCAUUGAACAUUUCCAAUUGAUAACCAUGAAAGAUUACCAUUUCACGCCCAAGUUUGAAAAUGCGUGUAAGGAUACAGUUCUAAGAUUCUGCUCAAAACCAAGAACGAAAGCCGAUGUUAUAUUUUGUCUUAGUGAGCUUGUAAGGAACAAUACAAUCACAGAUACACGGUUCGCAGUUCCUAAAAAUUGCAGACAGCAGCUGAAAGCGCAAUUAUUUAAUCAAAGAGAAAAUGCCAAAUUCGAUCCAAGACUGACAAACUUUUGUAAGGAUGAUAUCAAGAAUUAUUGUAAACAAGCUUCUCAGGGAAAUUCUGAGGUAAUAAAACAGGCUUUUGCCCAAAAUGUUCCACUUGAUAUGAGACAGCAUUUUCAUAGCGAUAAUUUAAUCUUCAUUAUUUUGCAGCUGAAAUUCAUCAAGAAAAAACUACGAUUAGAAUGUGAACAGGAAAUGAGCAUUCUGCUAAGGGAAGCUGCAUUGAAUUACCAUCUCAUUCCAGUUCUGAAGACUGUCUGCGAAGAUGAGAUAAAAAAUAUUUGCAGUAAGACAGACGACAGUUUAGGUUCAGGCGCAGUUCUAGAGUGUCUGAAAAAGGCCUUACUGAAUAACAAGAUCCGAAACAAAGGCUGCCAGACUGAAGUGGCCGGUCUCAUUGAAGAAGCCAAGGCUGACAUCCAUGUGGAUCCAUUGCUGCAGAGAGCAUGCGCCCUGGAUGUCUCAAAGUAUUGCGGCGGUAUCAGCCCAGGGGCGGGCAGGCAUGUACAAUGUCUCAUGAGUAUCAUUUCUGAAAACUCAGAAGGCAAGAAACUGCAAUUUGAAUGCCAGACUAUGCUGAAACAACGAAUGGAUAUGUUCAACUACGCCGAAAAACUUAUAGUGGAACCUCCUGAUACUAUCGAAGAUUUGAUUGGACAGGUGAAGAUUUCGCCAUCAAGAACAUACUUUGCUAUGGUAUUGUUGAGUAUUAUCGGUAUGAUUUUUGUAAUGGGUCUAUUCUGCGGUCGAAUAUCUAGGCAUACUGCAACGUUAAAAAAUAAAUAAUGAACUCUCUUUGUAUAAAGCAAACCAGAAAAAUGACAGAUUGUUUUUAAGUUAAAACCUUUAUAAUCACAAUCAACCUCUACUAGAAUUGUCGUUGAAUAUUAUUCGUGACAUUUGAUAAUAUUGUAUCAGUAACAUUUAUGGAACGAAAUCUCAUUUAUAUAAACUCUUUUUCUGUUGAAAAAA